AUGUCCGAUUUCCCCCCUAACUUGUCAAUAAGACCAUUGACUAUCGAAGAUAUCGAUCAGUGUAUAGAGUUGGAAAGUAAAGGGUUCCCAGAAGAAGAGAGAUGCACGGAUGCCAAAUUUAAAUAUAGACUAACCGUGGCACCAGAAUUGUGUUCAGGAUUAUUCAUUAGAGAAUACGAGUAUAAAUACAACUACAUCAAUCUACCAGAUGUAGCUAAAUCACUUCAAGAGAAACACGAUGCUGAAGAAAAACGAGGUUCGGGUAAGAGUAACGAUGGCGAGUCCGAUGAUGAAGAAUUCCCGGAAAGGUCAUCUGUUGUUAAGGAAACCUUGAUUGGACACAUUAUAGCUACAAAGAUAGACGGCUCUAGAAUUACUGAAGCUUGCAUGGAAUUACCAUCGAAAGAUACCAAGGGGUCUGGCCAUUGCGAGUCAUCGAGGUACAUUGGAAUACAUUCAGUUGUAGUUUUGCCUGAAUGGAGAGGAAAAAACUUGGCUGCGUUGUUAUUGCACGAUUAUAUUCAAAAAUUGUCUAACCAAGAUAUGGGAGACCAAGUCGUUCUUAUUGCGCAUAAGGAAUUGAUUCCCUUUUAUGAAAAGAUUGGCUUCAACAAUUUGGGUGAGAGUGAAUGUAAAUUCGCCGACACUACGUGGUAUGAUAUGGCUAUAGAUUUAGUGCCUGCUGAUGACCUUUGA